ACUGUUACUUUCAGGACCGACCGUGAAAAGUUUUUAGCGAGAGGAAUAGCUCGCGCCUCCCGCCACCGGCGAGCGCGCUACCGCUGGACCCGAACUCUGAGCUCACGCCGCUAGCCGAUUAGCCGUUCAUCACUUCUGUCCUCACGAGCUCCAGCCGUUAAACACGAGCGUGUGUGUGUGUGUAUAGAUGAUGUUCGGUGACACGAGCCUCAUUCAUUCGUUAUUGAACAUGACAUCUGUCACACAUGAUUCAUGAUAGAAUGAAUGAAGUGAUGUUGACUUGUCCUGAUAAAUAAUGAUCAUGAUGAUGUCACUGCUGAAUGGACCAAUCACGCUCAGAAGGUCAGACAGGUGCACACUUGUGCGCGAGAGUAGUAAUACUCAGCUGGAGUCUGUCGUCAGUCAGUCACAUAAAUCUGCCGUCACACGUUUCCAAGGUAACACAAGAUUCACAAAAGUACAGCAGACGCUGUGUCAGGAUUACAUGCUACACUAGGCUGUGUUUCGUCUUUCUCUGUGUAGAACUGAACUCACGUCUCUUGUGUUAUUCAUCGUGUUGAUCAUCAGAAGUCAGUUUCUGGAGCUAAAGCCUUUUUUCUCUCAAAAACUCUUGAAUAAUAAAAGCAUGACUCAGAUGAACUUUAAUGUCAUUUCAGUAGAGGGAGGAUGGAAUCUUUUAUUCAUGGGAUGUUGGGUGAGAUCUUCAUGAAAAUCUGUUUGACAGCUGAUGCUCCCCGUCUGAGGGAGUGUCCCGACCCUCACCCUGACCCCCCCUCACCUCACUAAACUCCAUCAUCAUACCCAUCAUGUCAAGUCGAAGGAAGUCAUUCGUCCCGUGUAUGGUUCUUGCAGCUGAAUCAUCUAAAGAUGAAGAGCAGAGUUCCUUCUUCGUGCUAAACCGACACAACUCUGGAGAGCAUGAGGACUCCUCUCCAUCUGAAGGACCUUUUCAUAUCCUCUACCGCUGCAGCGUCUGCAGUUUCAGUGCCACCGACUCUGACAUGCUCUCAUAUCAUCACACAACACAACAUCCAGACAGGAGGUUCAAGCAGAUCACACUGAAUGAAUCUGUUCUUCAGGAACCUGAGGGUGCAGGAGAUGACCCGCCACGUGAUCAAGCACAGGUGGACAGUCUUGUAGAGAGUCUGAUGUUGAAGGAUGACAUCAGAGCAGUGACUGUAAAUGGUACAAUCAUCAUUCCAGAACCCAUGUGCCACGUCACACCUCUGUUACGGCGACCUCCUGACCUCAGCACAACUCCAACACUGGCGGUUCCUCUUUACACCAACAAGUACAAUCCAGAUCUCGACGCCAACUCGGCGCUCAUGGCCUCUUUCAACAGAUUCCCUUACCCCACCCACACAGAGCUCUCGUGGCUCACAGCUGACUCAAAACACCCUGAAGAACAGAUCAGAGUCUGGUUCACCACGCAGCGUCUGAAACAAGGCAUCACCUGGUCACCUGAAGAGGUUGAAGAAGCCCGUAAGACGCUGUUCAAUGGCUGUGCAUGGCCUCCUCGGCACACCUCACCACACAAACUCAGUCGGUCUGAUGGUCAUGUGACUGGAGCAGCAGGCAGUCGGACACUUUCUUUACAAACACCUCUGUUGACGUCAGACAUCGAACGGAGCGUGUGUGAGAGCUUGUUUAUGAUGCCAUCUCCAGCCCCUCCUGUGUUCACAGAGAGAAAAAGAUCCAGCUCCGCUUCUUUUCUCGCCUCACAUUUUAAGAUUCCUGCUGUUGCAUCUUGGGAGAAAGCGCUGACGGUUCCAUCUAAAGAGAAGAUAUGUGUGGAACGUCCAGCAAGACUUCCUAUGACACCGCUAGUGUCCACCAAUCUAAAAAGAUCUGCUGUUCUUCAGCUAAUGAACUCCUACACAGAUAAGCGCAGUGAUAUGAGUUUACCUUCCCAUGUCAGCAGACCAGCAGUCGUCCAAUCUCCUCUCUUCCCAGACGCUGCAGAGUCAUCCAGACCGCCAUCUACAUUCACACGCUCCAGCAGUCAGAAUGACGUGAGAGAGCGCUCCGUCCCUGCUCACUUUCCUCUGUUGGAGAGAGUGAAGGGCAAGAGUUCUGGACAAAUGCAACUGUUAGAGGAGAGUUUUCAGAGGAACAGUUUCCCAUCCUUCAAUGAAGUGGACCACCUCACCAUCGCCAGCGGAUUGUCCAGUGAGGAGAUCGAAAGCUGGUUCCUGGAGCGACGAGCGCUUCGUGAUGAUCUGGAGCAAGCCCUGCUGAACUCCAUGGGUUGUAGAAAACACAGUCCUGCUCACAGCGAGUCCAUGAGUCUGCUCAAACACGUGUGCGUCCAAACGCCAUGGCCUGUCCAGCUGCACAAAGGGUUUGCUCACACAGACGUCGUCUAUGGGUUCAGGGCUCCGGCGAGUGGACAGGAGGAGAUGUUUGGAGAGCGGAAAGGAUGCUCGAGGGGAAAACUGCUCACAGAGGAGAACGUCAAAGCCAACAGCUCAGUCACAGAAGAAGAGCGCUUCAACAGAAGGUCCCGUCAACGCUGGCCGUACGUGAACGCUGGUGAAGGAGCUCUGGGCGGAGCGGCGGGUGUCUGUGGAGGUGUAAUGCUGUAGCUGAAGAUGAGGUGAGACAUGCAGAUGCUGUCACAAACACAACAGCUCAUGGCUCUUAUCAGAUGUGUGAGUGUUGUGUGGAUGAUCUGAUGUUGUGCCAAACCUGGACUCAUGUAUCUACAGUUUGAUUCUUGUAAAUGUGUAUUUUGAACGAUUGAAUGGGAAAUUUUGUUACAUUUUUGGAAAGGAGCAAGUUUUAGUGAGGGAACAUCUUCUCUAUUGUUCACUAUAUAGACAAUGUGCACAAUCAGUCCCAUUUCACAACACAUGAGACAGUCUGGAUGUACUUCUGAAGCACACACACACACACACACACACACACACACACACAUGUGCGCACACACUAUCAAUGUUGUUUUGUAAGUGUUGGUCAAAUAACACACAGUCCAUCUCAUGUGCUUGUGUUGUGUUGUGUUGUUGUGUUUGUAUGUAUCUGCUGAUGUGUGGAAUAAAGUAAAAGCAUGAUGUUCA